AUGAUGUUCGGUGCAAGGGCCGAUUCGGAGCCGAUUCUGCCGAGUGGGGACGGACCAGAUCGGACCAAGACUUCGGCGCCGGCGAGCGCCCCGACAACGGAAAACGGAGAACACGCCAAUGAGUCGCAGCAAACGACGCGUGAAAAUUAUUUGGUCGGAGAAGCUAUCCCUUCUCGGGGUCGGUUUGUGCAGAUCGAUGGGUCGAUAGGAGGGUCGGGAUAUGACGAAACGACCGUCGACGUCAUCACAGUACCAUGUCCGGGGGCCGAUCCCGUAGAGACCUGGUCCCGCGACGCCCUUGUGGAAAACUACUUUGGCGCGCCCUCGAUGCGGAGCUCCCAGCGAAGCUCGGACAUGCGCGAGAGCCAGAGGAGCGGGAGGACGGGGAACAGCGGAAAUAGCAGUGGUAAUAGGACGGCACAGGCGGCUCCGAGCUGGGUGAGGCUUGGGGUGAGGAAGGAGGCGCAUCAUGCGAGAGUGUUGAUGUACGCUCACGGUGAGAUCGAGGAGGGGACGACAUUGAGCAAGUUGGCGGACGAUUUACUGAGGCAGGUGUUGGAUCUGCGGGCCAUGAAUAACUCGUCGUCGAGACCUCUGUUCUUUAUCUGCCACAGCAUUGGUGGGUUGGUGGUCAAGAUGGCACUGGCGAAAGCCAGGAGAAAUUCGCUGUAUGAAAGCAUUCUGAACGACUGCUACGGCGCCGCAUUCUUUGCAACACCACAUCGAGGAUCUACCUAUCUCAGCAUGCCAGACAUCUCGUCAAGCAUCCAAAGCCUCCUGCACCUAUCCCAGCCCCUACCUAGAUCCAUCACCGAUGAACUUCGACCAGGCCAUCCUCUCCUGUUACACAUCGACGAAGAGUUCAGCAUCCUCGCCAGCGACCUACAAGUCUGGACCUUUUACGAGACCAUCGAGUCGCGCAUCUGCAGCCAGGCCGAGUCCCGUCCUGGAGAAGUUUCUUUUACGGCCCCCAUCACAUCGGUAAAGUCCGCCAUCCUCGGGAUUAGGCAAGAGACCAUUUACCCCUUGCAGAGCGACCACGCGAAUUGCGCCUCGUUCGGCAAGAACAACGCCCAGACGAUGAAGUUAUUCCUCAAGACGCUGGCUAGGUGCAUCGCAAGGGCCGACGAAAACAGCGGCGGCAAGAGCCACACGCCUCUGAAUCUCGAGCAAAGGGUUCCCAUAGAGGUCCAUGGGUUCUACGAGGAUCCCGUCGCCAUGACGAACAUGGAGACGUUGACUACUAUCCGAGCCUGGUCUACGAGGGUGGCUUUGAAAGAUUUCCUCGACAAAGGCCCUGUCGAGUGUCUAAACGACAGGCUCAACGAGGUAAACGACGGAGAGGAUCCGGGUCCGACGGAGGGCCAGUUCCUCGCGGCGCGGCGGAGGACGACAAGGUUGCGAGAAUCCGACUUUCCUUCUCCGCCGACGACUCCUCCCGAGCCGGGCGAGAAUUCGCUGGGUAUCGGCCAGGUGUACCAUGGCGACGAGCGCAGCGCUAAUUCAGAAACUGCGCUAUUGCUGUCAAAGGCGGCUGACAUGCCCGAAGCCACACCGGGAAAGAAUAGCCCCGAUCCAGAAGCUUCCUCGAGUGAGCAGAGAGGUCGCGAAGUUAAUCUUAUCCCUGACUCAGUCGAUGCCGUUCGGAGUCGAUCCACUAGCGGGACGCGGGCCACUCGUUCGAAAGGCUCUGCCGUCGCCGUGGACUCGACCAGGUCUAGGAGGCGAGUGGCCCUCAUGAGGCGGUUCACUGAUCAGUUCAACGCCAAGUGGAGCGGGCCUCUUGAGAGGUCGUUUUUUCAUGGAUCGCCUUUUGCUCCGAAUCCUGAGAUUCCUGCGUCGGAUCCUUUGAUUCCGGUGUUUGCGAAGCCGGAUGAGAAGAAUAGGAGGUUUAUAUGGACUCAUUUGCCGUUUACGAAUCCGGCCUGGGUCAAGAAAGUAUUCGAGACUCUGCAAGUCAAAGAUGGCAGGGAUUUUACCGAACUGGUGUCACCUCUUUCAAACCGCAGCUCCAUCGUGACGAUGAACGAACCCACCGUCUACCUCUUCAUCCCCUUCCUCCACUUCGACUCCUACAAAAACCUGCUCCGCCGCAGAAACCUCAUCCAGCGCCGCCUCCGCCAAGGGCGUGCGCGACCGGUGCCCCAGAGCGUGGCCAAGCUAGACUCGAUAGAGCUCCAGGUCAUAUGGGAGUAUCUAGGGUACGAUCCGCCCGUCAACUGCAGACGUACACUGGACCAGUACGGAUACCCUUCGCUGCACGACACUCGGCCGAGAGAUGAUGACCAGAUGCUGUACAAAAUGACCAAGGAGAGAAUCGCGCUGUCGGAUCAGGUGGGGCCGGAUACGUAUGAAAAUCCUGGGGGCGGGGAUGGCAAGUCGGCGAGAGGAACGGGGCGAGAGACGAGUUCGUUGAAUAACGCGAAUGGAAGUGCUGCUGCGAAUACGAACGCUCACGGUCACGAGGAUGACUGCGAGUGUAGCGAUGAGGAAACGUCCGCGCCGGAGGAGGACGUGUUGAAUGGGAAUGUUCUCAUGGUGGAUCAAUUGUGGAUGUGGGUUAUCGGGCCAAACACUCUGUUGACCUUCUUCUCGAGACGCGAGAGUGAUCCAACCGAGGGUCCGCUCUACCAACAGGCAGACCUCCGUGAUAGCAUCUUUAACGAUGUCAACUCCGACGUCACACGGCAAUGCGAAUCAGCGCUCGACAUGGCUGCUCUCAUUGCGCUUCAUGCCGUGACUGUUCUUCUCGAUCGGGCCUCUCAUCCAGAUCUCGAAGUAUUCCGCAUCUUUGAAGAAGCCAUAAGUAUCUUGACCGAAAAAAUGACCUCCUCCCUCAAAGACUUCCGCACCCAAGGCCUCCGCGACGUAUCUCACGCCACCGACACCGACACCGACCCCAAACCCCUCUCCACCCGCGACCAAAGCGACCGCGUCCUCCACGAGAACCGCGACUCCACCUCCGCCCUCCUCGAGCUCCGUGACAUCGAAGACGAGCUCUCCACCUUGCACUCCCUCUUCGACAAGCAAGAAAAGAUGAUCGGCAUUAUGCGCAACGUCUACCUCCGCGCCGACGCUUCGCCCACGGGCAUCUCUUUCCUCACGGAGGCGCUGGGCCGAUUGGCGGAGUAUAAGCAGCGCACGGGCGAGAUGAUCAAGCGUGUGAGGAGCACGCGCGAUGACUACGAUAAGCUGCUGCAGAUGGUCCAGCGUCAGGCGCAGGUUGAUGAGGUGCGGCUGCAGAGGUUGCAGGCUGACGUCGCUAGCUCGCAGAGCCGGAGCGUCAUGAUCUUUACCGUCUUCACUGUCAUUUUCCUGCCGCUCAGCUUCUUCACCUCGCUGUUCGGGAUGAACACGCAGGAAUGGGGGGGCGAGAACUUCCCCUCGCUGCGCACCAUCUGCGUCGUCGCCAUCCCAUCCUCAGCAUUCCUCAUCGGCCUCGCCCUCGUCACGGCCUGGAGUACCCGCGUACGCCGGUUCUUCGUCUUCCUGGCUACUUGCUACUCCGUUGCGCAGGCGGCGGUCGCGGAGGCCAUGGACGCCAGCGUGCUUUUGGCGCCGUUUAGGAGGUGGGAGGAUGCGAGGCGCAAGGCGAUGCGCGAGGAGGCGGCGCGCAGGAAGAAGAAGGCGGCGGCUGUUUCGAAGAGGAGGCGGAGGUUCGCUAAGGAGAUGAGUGCGGAUUCGCAGGACUUUUGGGAGAGGCAUCGGUUGGAGAGGGAGCAUGCUUAUCGGAUUCCUGUGGCGAAUCGGAAGAGUGUUACGAGGGAGAGGGCGUUGGCGAGGGCCAAGGCGGAGAAGAAGGGCGUGGUCGGUGCGAGAGGAUGA